AAGUGACGCAGCCAUCAGGUCCACAUCACACAGACAGAGAGAGAGAGAGAGAGAGAUAUGGAACAGCUGGAAACAUUUCUAAUCUCCGUUUUUAUUAUAACUCAGAAAUAAACGCGUUUUGUGGGAAUGCGUUAAUAAGGACAUAAGGAAAUAAUUAAUUCCGGGUUCAGAAGCGUUUACACGGUUUGGGAUACGGCUCUGUACCCUGGCAUGUUCUCAGACACCAUGGACUACGAGCUAGAGGAAGAUAAACUCGGGAUUCCCACAGUUCCUGGAACAGUGACAUUGAAGAAGGAUGCACAGAACCUGAUUGGGAUCAGUAUAGGGGGAGGGGCUCAGUACUGCCCCUGUCUCUACAUCGUACAGGUGUUUGAUAACACUCCAGCAGCACUGGAUGGGACAUUAGCAGCAGGUGAUGAGAUCACAGGUGUAAACGGUAAACCAGUGAAGGGCAAGACCAAGGUGGAGGUGGCCAAGAUGAUUCAGGCUGUACAGGGUGAAGCAGUGAUACACUAUAAUAAACUGCAGGCUGACCCCAAACAGGGCAAAUCCCUGGAUAUCGUGUUGAAGAAGGUGAAGCACCGAUUGGUGGAGAAUAUGAGCUCAGGAACAGCAGAUGCACUUGGACUGAGUAGAGCCAUCCUCUGUAACGAUGGACUAGUAAAGAAACUGGAUGAACUGGAGAAAACUGCAGAGCUGUACAAAGGGUUAAUGGAACACAGUAAACAGUUACUCAGAGCAUUCUUUGAGCUCUCACAGACACACAGAGCAUUUGGUGACGUGUUCUCUGUGAUCGGUGUUCGAGAGCCUCAGGCUGCAGCCAGUGAGGCGUUUGUAAAAUUUGCAGAAGCUCAUCGUAACAUUGAGAAAUACGGCAUCCAGCUGCUCAAAACCAUCAAACCUAUGCUGCAUGAUCUGAACACCUACCUUCACAAAGCGAUUCCAGACACCAAACUGACCAUCCGUAAAUACCUGGACGUCAAGUUCGAGUACCUGUCAUACUGUCUGAAGGUGAAGGAGAUGGAUGAUGAGGAGUACAGCUGCAUCGCGCUGGGAGAGCCGCUGUACCGAGUUAGCACAGGAAAUUAUGAGUAUCGUCUGAUCCUGCGCUGUCGACAGGAAGCUCGCUCUCGAUUUGCAAAAAUGCGUAAAGAUGUUCUGGAGAAGAUCGAGCUGCUGGACCAGAAACAUGUUCAGGACAUUGUGUUCCAGCUGCAGAGGUUCGUCUCGGGGAUGUCACGUUACUAUGACGAGUGUUACGCUGUGCUGAAGGAGGCCGACGUCUUCCCCAUCGAGGUGGACCUCUCGCGCACCACCCUCAACUACACCGGCCCAAACUACGAGGAGGAGGAUGAGGAGGGUGAGGAAGAGCGAGGAGAGGAGGAGAAGAACGAACAGACUGAGAACGGAGCGGAGAAACUGAUCGAUGACGAAUGAGUGGAGAACAGUGGAAGAGAGAGAGAGUAAUACUGAUGCCGAACGAGUAUGUAUUGUUUGUGUUAUAUUUUCACACAUUCCUGCUCUGUGUGAGUGUGAGACUCUAAUGUGAGCUUUGUCCCAAAUUUCAGCAUACAAUAGUCUACAGUAACCCAACCGAGUAUUCCUUCUCUCACGCUGGGAUGAAGUGUCGAUUUCGUGCCGUUUGGGACGCAGACCUGGGCUUUAUUUCUACUUGUAUAUUUAGUACACUGGACUAACUCUUUCAAAACUUCUAUCAACAUGGAUAUUAAAGUUCUAAUUCAUCUUUAGUGUGUGGAAAUAAUCAGUCUUUGUCUUUAUUAUGGGUUUAUUAUUUCUUGUGUACUGAUUCCUGUGACCUGAGUCGUUUCCCUUGUUUAUUAAAUCUUUAUUUCUUAUAUCUUUCUGUGUAUUUAAAUGUUCCAGGUAUGAAGAUGUUACUGAAAACCUGUACUACUGAUUUACAAAAAGCUACUAAUGUCAAAGAAAUUAAAAAUAUUUAUGGCAAAGUGUGUGUGUGUGUGAGAGAGAGAGAGAGAGAAACUGAUAAUGAAUAAGGAACCGAGUAAGAACAAAGGGUUAGAACAUUUUAAAUGGAUCUGGAUUACCUACCCUGCUCAAAAACUAAUUCUUUUUUUUUUUUUAAUCUUAUAGAAUUUGUAAUGGUUAUAAUGGAAACUGUAACGGUCCCUGUGGGUCUCUACUGGUAAUGUGUUCCCUUCCACAGAGUGGCGCAGGGAUGACGUCAUUGUAUACGCCAAAACCCGGAAACGAGUUAGCAUUUUAGCCCUUCUGGUUCCAUCGUCCUGAAGUCAGUGGGUUUUUUAAAUGGGAUUUUGCUUAAAAGCAUGAAAUAAAUUCUGUGGUGAACACAAGCUCAAUAUAUUUUCACAUUUUAUUCUGCGACACAAAGUACACCAGUAAAAUCCCACUCGUGAGGUUUUUAAAGCUUUUACGUGUACUGAAAAGGCGGUUGCUAACAAAUUUGUAAAUGGAACUACGGAGGCUGUCGGGGACAUUAAACGUCAUCACGCCGAACAGGAAAAAAAUUACCAGAUAAACUGGUUCAGGUGUGCUGUGCACAAUUCCCAAAAAUGUGGAUAAAGAUUCAUCCACAAAGUAAAUCCGUAUUAUGGAAAAUGUUUUUAAAUCAAGUUUGGAAAAGUUGUCGGAAGCUUGGUGAUAUUGACGUUGAAGUCGAGCGACCGAGGUGUAGUUCGUCUAUAGCAUUCCUUUAGCAUGUGAUUUCUGGAGACUGUGUUUAGGCUUCAAACUUCAUAAAAGUUGUGUUAAUUUGUGAAAACUAUCUUCAUGGACAAAACGUGUUAGUAUUGUAAACUUUUGUUGAUCACAGCUUUUUUUUUGUUUUUGCGAUAAUCCAAAAGCCUAUGGGAAAACCCUAUUGGGUUUUUGUCAAGGGAACGUAGUCAGGGUGCAUUAGCAUUAGUUUGUGGUGACGUUUUUAAAGUGGGAAGGUCCCGUGAACUGGGAGAAUAUUAACACUAACAUAGAUAAACGUGAAUAUUAUACAUUACUCAUUAACUGAAAGAACAGAACAGCAAUUGAAAUACGAAUAAACAGAAUUAAUCAGAAACCCAUCUUUCGUGCUCGCGCAGCCCCAGUGGCCUAAUGGAUAAGGCACUGGCCUCCUAAGCCAGGGAUUGUGGGUUCGAGUCCCAUCUGGGCUGUGCAUAAGGCCACAGCGUACUGGGACCCUGACAGUAAGACGGUGCUGCUGAAGGACGGGGUUCUGGAGGACACGGGAGAUGCUUACGGUUUCUACAACGACUCCUUCUCGGAGACGGGAUGGGGCGUGAUGGAGGUCCGUGCUGGGUACGGACAAA